AACAUAGAAAAUAAUAAAUAUGGCAAAUGAAAAGGAAGAGCCAGUGGUCUUGUCCUGGCAAAAGAAGUUUUUAUUGAUAUUGUGGAAAAAUCUAUGUGUGCUCCUGGGACGUAAAUGCCAAUUCGCUUGCUUGGUAAUAGUAUCUAUUUUUAGUGCGCUGGCACCCCUCCUUUUGGGCUUCGCGAGUAACCUUGCUUCAAGCAUCAGAGAAGAAGAUUCCCCCUUCAUCCCCCAUAAUUCAAGUGAAAUUAUCGUCUGUUACUCGCCCCAGAAUAAAAUUCUUGAGACGUUUCUUAGUGGGGUGACCCUACUUGACUAUCCAACCUAUUUUCGGGAUUUUGCCGAUGGCAAGGCCUUGGAGGAAGCGCUUACAAAAAAUAUUUCGUACGAGGGUGCUUUUGGUAUAGAGUUUCCCGACGAGUGGUCCGACAUAACCGAGUUGCCGCACAGAUUCCGGUUUGCUCUGCGGUUUUCCGUUGACAAAGAAGAUUCUUUUUUUUUGAACAUUUUGAUUUCGCAAUUCCGAACACAAACGCAUUAUCGGAGAACUGGGUUUUUACUUCUUCAGACGCAAAUCAGCCAACGGUAUCUGCAGGUGAAGAAUGGGACCCAAACUGUUUUCCGGACGCAAUUCAAAGAACUAUAUGAAGAGAUUAAUUUGUCACUAGAUGAUAUGUUUGUUAUAUUUUUAAUAUGUGUUUUUUUAUGCCCGUUCACCAUGGAUGUCAAGGAUAUUGUCCAGGAAAAAGAGCUCCAGCUGAAGGAAAUGCUGAACAUCUUCGACGUAAGCAACUACCUCCAAUGGCUGGCCUGGUAUGUCAAGUCCAUGAUAGUUUUAUUCAUGGUUUCGUUGAUUAUUACGAUUCUUUGGACGGCGAUAAAUAUGCCUGCCUUUAGGGGGGGAAACCCGUUUGCCGAUAUGGCCGUUCUCCCUCACACCGACUGGUCGGUCUUUCUCUUCUAUCUGCUUGUGUGCAGCCACUGUUUGAUCUGCUUUGGCUUCCUGGUCAGCUCCUUCUGCGCCCGCAGCGGUUGGUGUGCCAUCAUUGCCGUUCUCCUGUUCCUGGCCAGCUCUUUGCCCAAUUUUGUCAUAGACAAAGACAGUACUGGCACAGUGGUGAACAUCCUGUGCAGCAUUUUUGUUGUGUCAGCCAUGAACAUGGUCAUGGAUCGCAUUGUCAUAUGGGAGAAGGAACGUCUGGGCCUCCAGUGGAGCAAUCUCUUCAAGACGUCCUGGCUCCAUGAUAGCAUUAGCGUGGGUGCGAUAUUAAUGAUCAUGCUACUGAUCAGCCUGAUCUCAAUCCUCAUCUGCCUGUACAUGGAGCAGGUGAGGCCAGGGGAGUUUGGCACUCCACAGCCUUGGUACUUCCCGUGCACCAAGCGCUUCUGGUGUCCGGCCAAGUACAUGCGCGGAGUACUAUCCCCUCCCGGGCUGUUUCCUGUCCGACCCAGCGACGAGGAGCGACCUUUGGAUAGGUCUUCGCCACCAAAGCACUCCAAGUUCGUGGAUGCCAACGCCAGAGGCAAGACCUCUGGAGUACAAAUCAAGAAUCUCAGCAAAAGCUUUGGCAAGCGACAGGUGGUCGCCGGUCUGACAUUCGAUUUGUUUGAGAACGAGAUCAUGGUGCUCCUGGGCCACAAUGGAGCUGGCAAGACCACGACCAUACAAAUGUUGACGGGGACCAUUCAACCCAGCUCCGGCACUGCGAUCAUAAAUGGCUACGACAUACAAACCGAUCGCCUCCAGGCCCGUCGAUCCCUCAGCAUUUGUCCGCAGAAAAACAUCUUCUUUGAUGGCUUAAGUGUGGCAAGCCAUCUUCAAUUUUACAGCCGCCUCAGAGGCCUUAAGGCGGCAGCGGUCAAACAGGAGGUGGACAAAUACAUACAGAAGCUUGGCCUAAAGGCGAAGGCCAGGAGCUCGGCCAAAAGCCUCUCUGGUGGCACCCAGCGACGGCUAGCCCUGGCCUGUGCCCUGUGCGGCAACGUGAAGGUUCUGUUCUGCGACGAGCCCAGCUCGGGCCUGGACCCCAACUCGCGGCAUGAGCUCUGGAAGCUGUUGCUGGAUGAGAAGCAGGGCCGCACCAUUCUGCUCACCACACACCAAAUGGACGAGGGCGAGGUAUUGGCUGACCGCAUUGCCAUCGUAAGCGAUGGCCGGCUCCGUUGCCUGGGCACAUUGGCGUUCCUCAAGAAGCAAAACGAAACCAGCUAUCUGCUCACCUGCGAGAAGGGCCCCAACUGCAAUGUGUCCAGGUUGACCCAACUUAUAGCCUCCCACGUGCCCAACACGCGUCCUCAUAGUAACAUUGGAUCUGACGUGUCCUAUAGACUGCCGCAUCGCGUCAUGGGAUCCCUUGGGUCACUUUUCAACGACUUGGAGCAGCAGAAGGAGCAGCUGGAUGUGGUGGGAUUUGGUCUUAGCUCCACCAGUCUGGCGGACAUAUUUAUGUCGCACGGUGCGGAAGAUCUAGGGGGUAGUGGGGGUCGAACCAGCGGCGGCGGAUCGAAUGAGCAGAGCCAGAGACAAAACCAGGAGCAGAACCGCUAUCAAAACUUUUGCUUGCGCUACCUGGGCCAGUGGGAGGCCAUGCUGCUGAAGAAGAUGCUCUACAUCUACGAUAAGAAGUGGAUAUUUCUGGCCUUGCUGCUGCUGCCCAUAGUAAUCGCCAUUAUAGUCCUGAUUCGAGAGCCAUCGGAGGGCUCGAUGCUGAAGAGGCUGCCGAUAACAUUGGCCGACUAUAAAAGCGAUGACGUCAAGAUAAUAUUGCAAUCCACAUCGAACACGGGCCCUGCGCGGGAUAUGGCCAAUGCAUACCAAGAGUUGGUCCAGCAAUACGGCUCCGUUGAGAGAACAAGUCAGAACAUAGAAGAAUACAUAGGGAAGGGUCAAGAAACUCCCGAACGGAUAUACGAAAUGAAGCGCAGUCUUAUAGCAGCAGCUACCUUCGACCAAGAGACAAUCGCCUGGGUUAGAAUGCGUGUCUUUCUUCAUAGUGCUCCCCUUUCGCUCAACCUUGUAUUCAACGCCAUGGCCAAAACGAUGGUAGGCCCCAACGCGAGUAUAGAGGUAACCAAUGCCCCGUAUCAAGGGAAGAAUUCACAGCGUGAACGUAUGAUGUCUUUAAUAAUGGCCAUUUGUGUUAUGCUAUAUUUGGCCAUUGUCUUGGGGAUGUUCGGUAUGUUAGUAGCGCAGGAGAAGGUGACGCAAACGCGGAUGCAGCAACAAGUAUCCGGAGUGAACAUGGCCACCUAUUGGCUGUCCCAUUAUCUCACGGACUUGGCUUUAUACUUUGUGCUUUCGCUGGCACUGUUACUGGCGGUGCACGAGCUAUGCCAUCCCUUGGAAAUGCUUUUGAUUCUCAUGGUCAUUGGAGUGGCGGUUCUGCCACUUACCUAUAUGAUGGUAGGCCUUUUCAAGGACUCCGGCACGGCGGUGGUCAUAAUGAUUAACUUGAACAUUGUAUGCGGUGUUUUUUUGGGCUUCCUUUUAGCGUUGACCUUUCCAAUGAUUCCCAUAGGUGCUAAAAAAGAGUUUAUGGCCAUAUGUUACCUCUAUCCUGUGAUUACUGGCUAUUUCGCUGUUGCAAACUGCUUUGCAAGGUUUCAAAAGGGCCAGUCUGCUGACUUAAGAGAAAAUUAUAAGAUGUACUGUACUCCCGGAUUCACCCUUCAGAUAGACUUUUGCUCUUCCCUUAACCUUCUGGAUUGGGUGGAGGUGAGGUAUCUGCUGAUUUGUGGUUUUAUCUACAUGUUGAUACUGAUAUUUGCCGAGUACAUAACCAUGUUGUGGUAUGGCAUAAAACAAAUUUUAUGUCGUUGUUGCCGGCCAAAUGUAAAAAGCAACGAUGGAGAUGUGGCAGCUGUGGCCGAAAGGAUAAAGGAAAUGUCGGGCGAGGAUCGCAACAAGCACGCUUUGGUCCUGAACCGAGUCUCGAAAAGGUACUUACUCAUGUCUGCCGUAAGGGGAAUAUCAUUUGCUGUCAAACCUGGCGUGUGCUUUGGCCUGCUGGGCGCCAAUGGGGCAGGCAAAACGACUACCUUUAAGAUGAUUGUGGGCGACAUUGGCAUGACGACUGGGAGUAUUCACGUGCGUGGCUGCAGCCUUAUGGUGCGUCCCACGGCAGCGCGGAAGCAGAUCGGCUACUGCCCCCAGCACGACACGCUCUUCGACUUCUGCACUGGCCGUCAAACACUUAGGAUCUUCCUUCUGCUACGUGGCACACGCCGGGAACUCCUCAAGAAAGCCAUUGAAAAGUUGGCCUCCGACUUUGGCUUUUUUGUACAUUUGGACCACAAGGUCAAGGACUACAGCGGCGGCACCAAGAGGAAGUUAAACGCAGCGGUGGCCAGCGAGGGCUUAUCGCUCAUUUGUCUGGACGAGCCCAGCUCUGGAGUCGAUCCGGCGUCCCGGCGUCAUGUGUGGAACGUCCUCUCCUCACUGCGGGACGAGGGUAAGGCGGUGAUGCUGUCCUCUCAUAGCAUGGAGGAGGUGGAGGCCCUAUGCACGCAACUGGCUAUUAUGGCGGACGGGCAAAUACAUUGCCUGGGGUCGCAGCAGCGCAUCAAGAAUAAGUUUGCCCAGUGCCUGGUGCUCAAGUUACACGUGGAGACGAGUCCGGAAAGCAUGGUGCACACUGUACAGAAGGUAAAGAGUCAAAUGGAAGCGGACUAUCCCACGUCAUCGCUUGAGGAAGAGUUUGGUGGCAGGCUCACUUACCACAUACCCACGGACAAGCUGCGAUGGUCUAGGGUUUUCUCGUACAUUGAGAGGAAUCGCAGCCCCUGGAAGCUGGCAGACUACUCUCUGACACAGCCGUCGCUGGAAGAUGUACUGCUGGACAUUGCCAAGAAGAAAAAGAAUGAAAAGAAUCAACAAACUAAUCCACCAAAGACUCAAAGCAGGCCAGAGCAGAAACGUGCCACAAAAAACGAGUCUCCGAAACCUGAUAAAGACAAAGGCCGAUCCACUAGAGGAAACAAAGAUUAAGCCUGUACAAAUGUAAAGUGAUUCCUGGUCCAACUUCUAAGCUAAAUUAAAAGUAGUUGUAUGUUUAAAUUUGUUUACAAGUAAAGCACAAUAAUUAGUA